AUGGAUGAGAAGUGGAUCACCUACGAUAAUCCUGAGAGGAAACUUCAGUGGGUGGACGUCGAUGAGAAACCCCAGCAGGCUCCAAAGGCGGAACUUCACGGAAAGAAGGAACUCCUCUGUUUCUUCUUCUCCGUCCUCGGUCCCAUCUACUGGGAGAUCCUCCCUCCCGGCAUCACCAUCAAGGCUGACCUCUUCACUACCCAACUGGAAGAGGUGGCGGUCAGGGUCCCUCCCAAACUCCUGAGCGAGGGCAAAAUCCUCAUGCUCAUGGACAACGCGCGCCCUCAUCAUGCGAAAAUCACCCAGAAGAAAAUGGACGAGCUGGAGAUGGAAUGGCUCCCUCACCCACCUUACUCCCCUGAUCUGUCCCCUUGCGACUACCACUGUUUCCGCUCCCUCUCUAACUUCUGUCGAGGAAAGAAGUUCAAGAACCGAGACGCACUUAUGAAGGAGUUCGAGGCAUGGAUCAACUCUAAGCCCCAGGCCCUUUUGGAAGAGAGGGAUCGAGACCCUGCCCGAUCGAUGGAGGCAGGUCGUGACUACUAA